AUGAUGGUCUUCCCGCGUCUCUUCACCGUCCUCUCGGUUGCUGCUCUCAGCGUCGCCCUCGUUGCCAAGCGCGACGUCGCUGCUGUUGUGGCCGAUAUUGCCACAAUCACCACCCAGGUCACCAACCUGGACAACGCCAUCCAGGCCUUCCCCGUUUCUGGUGGCAGCCUCGCCGCUGCUUUGGGCAUCCACAACUCCGCGACCGCUCUCGUCACUUCCUUGAACACUGGAACCACCGAUGCCGUCGCCGCUGGCCCCUUCACCGAGGAGGAGGGCACUGCCAUUCUCGCGUCGGUUGAGGCCAUCGAGCCCACCAUCCUCUCCGCCCUCGAGGGCAUCGUUGCCAAGAAGCCCGGAUUCCAGUCUCUUCCCAUCGGCGGUCUCCCUGCCCUCAUUCUCCAGGACCUCCGCAACCUCCAGACCGCCACCACUGCUUUCGCCGACGCACUUAUCGCUGACUCCCCCGAGGACCUGGUCGAGCGGGCUACUGCCAUCCGUGACGGAAUUACCGCUGCAUUCGUACCUGCCAUCGCCGCUUACUCGUCUUAA